UCACUUCCUGCCUUGUGACCACACAGCCAGGGUUGACAAAGUUGUUCUCCAGAUCAGAAAGAAGGGGGUUCCUGAUCACACGCCAGUCCCGCCAAGGACAGUUUCUCUACAAGAUCUGUUACCUAAAGCAAUAAAAAAUGGCCAGAGGAUCAGUGUCCGAUGAAGAAAUGAUGGAGCUCAGAGAAGCUUUUGCCAAAGUUGAUACUGAUGGCAAUGGAUACAUCAGCUGCAAUGAGUUGAAUGACUUGUUCAAGGCUGCCUGCUUGCCUCUGCCUGGUUAUAGAGUGAGAGAAAUUACAGAAAACCUGAUGACUACAGGUGAUCUGGACAAAGAUGGGAGGAUCAGCUUUGAUGAGUUUAUCAAGAUUUUUCGUGGGCUGAAAAGCACAGAUGUUGCCAAGACCUUUAGAAAAGCAAUCAACAAGAAGGAAGGGAUUUGUGCGAUUGGUGGCACCUCGGAGCAGUCCAGUGUUGGCACCCAGCAUUCCUAUUCAGAGGAAGAAAAGUAUGCCUUUGUCAACUGGAUAAACAAGGCCCUGGAAAACGAUCCUGAUUGUCGGCACAUCAUCCCAAUGAAUCCCAACACAAACGACCUCUUUAGCUCCGUUGGGGAUGGCAUCGUUCUCUGUAAAAUGAUCAAUUUAUCAGUGCCAGACACAAUAGAUGAAAGAACAAUCAACAAAAAGAAGCUCACCCCCUUCACCAUUCAGGAAAAUUUGAACCUGGCUCUGAACUCUGCCUCAGCCAUCGGGUGCCAUGUGGUCAACAUAGGAGCUGAGGACUUAAAGGAGGGGAAGCCUUACCUGGUCCUGGGGCUUCUGUGGCAAGUCAUCAAGAUUGGCUUGUUCGCCGACAUCGAACUCAGCAGAAAUGAAGCUCUGGUUGCUCUUUUGAGAGAAGGAGAGAGCCUGGAGGAUCUGAUGAAGCUCUCCCCUGAGGAGCUCCUGCUGAGAUGGGCAAACUACCAUCUGGAAAACGCGGGCUGCAGCAAAAUUGGCAACUUCAGUAGCGACAUCAAGGACUCGAAAGCUUAUUACCACCUGCUUGAACAGGUGGCUCCUAAAGGAGAUGAAGAAGGUAUUCCCGCUGUUGUCAUUGACAUGUCAGGACUAAGGGAGAAGGAUGACAUCCAGAGGGCAGAGUGUAUGCUGCAGCAGGCGGAGAGGCUGGGCUGCCGGCAGUUUGUCACAGCCACUGAUGUGGUCCGAGGGAAUCCCAAGCUGAACUUGGCCUUCAUUGCCAACCUCUUCAACAGAUACCCUGCCCUGCACAAACCAGAGAACCAGGACAUCGACUGGGGGGCUCUUGAAGGUGAGACGAGGGAGGAGCGGACAUUUAGGAACUGGAUGAACUCCUUGGGCGUGAACCCUCGAGUCAAUCAUUUGUACAGUGACUUAUCAGAUGCCCUGGUCAUCUUCCAACUCUAUGAAAAGAUUAAAGUCCCUGUUGACUGGAACAGAGUGAACAAACCACCAUACCCCAAACUGGGGGGCAAUAUGAAGAAGCUAGAGAAUUGUAACUAUGCAGUGGAAUUGGGGAAGAAUCAAGCUAAGUUUUCCCUGGUUGGCAUUGCUGGACAAGAUCUCAAUGAAGGAAACCGCACUCUAACGUUGGCUCUGGUUUGGCAGCUAAUGAGAAGGUACACACUGAAUAUCCUUGAAGAAAUUGGUGGUGGGCAGAAGGUCAACGAUGACAUUAUUGUCAACUGGGUGAAUGAAACAUUGAAGGAAGCUGGGAAAAGUUCAUGCAUCUCCAGUUUCAAGGACCCAAAGAUUAGCACCAGUCUGCCCGUUCUGGAUCUCAUUGAUGCCAUUCAGCCAGGUUCCAUUAACUAUGACCUUCUGAAGACUGAGAACCUGGAUGCUGAGGAGAAGCUCAACAAUGCAAAAUAUGCCAUUUCCAUGGCCCGAAAAAUUGGAGCACGAGUGUAUGCCCUUCCAGAAGACCUGGUUGAAGUGAACCCCAAAAUGGUCAUGACAGUGUUCGCUUGCCUCAUGGGGAGAGGAAUGAAGAGGGUGUGAAGUCCAGUGGGUGGGUUGAGACCACCACUCCCUGCCUGGCCGCUUGGGCCAGGACACCCCCAGGAAGCCCAUGGAUCUGUUACAAGCCUCUCCUCUUUCCCCUUCUCCACUCUGUCUCCCCGUGACUUUGCUCUCCACCCUCCCAGAAAGUCACCCCUCUGUGGCCCACCUCUGCUGGCCAUCCUUGUCUCUGGGCCUUUGGAGCAUCUGACAAGCCAGUCAGCCUGUUUGAGUCCCAAGAGAUUUGGAUGGUCUACAAAAGUAGCCUCAUUACUAGAAACUUUCCCCAGAACUGGGGUCCCAAAUGUCAUCAAUUUUUAUGUUUUCCACCAGGAAGAAGCUCUUUGUUUUUAACCGUAGGAUUUGGGCUUGUUCUAGAGCUAACACAUCUUUAAUAUCUGUGCUGGCAGGUAGAAUCUUAACUCUUGGCCAAAGGUUGAAUCCACGGAAGGUGUAAUGGAACAGACAACCACUAGAGGACAGCGUGGAGCUAUAACUAAGAUCUGUCCUUUAGGGUGCUACCUCUCUGUAUGUUCAGCCCUGCAUAUUAGACCUAGUUAUUGUGGAUGUCUAAAUAAAUAUGUGGUGACAUUUGGAAGCAAUCCUACUCUGCUUUCGUUUUCUCGCAGAUCUUAGAGUAUCUGAUGACUGCCACGCUACAUUAUCAGUGUUUAUUUUUUUGGUACUAUAGAAGCCUUUUGGCACCUCCCGCACCCUAGGGGACCGCUUGUGCCAAUGAACACACACACACACACACUCACACACACAUCCAGCCAGAUGUCACAGGUAAAAUGAAUACAAGCUGGAUGAGACUUGGCUGAAUUGCUUUACGAAGAGCUUUUUUACUAGACAUUUAAGCAGUUGCAAAGCAAAACCGGAACAGUGUAAAUUUAGCAGCCCUAAUAGAUCACGCAAUCUCCACCAAACCAACUGAAGGCGAAAGAGCAGCAGAGGUUUGUGAACCAACACCGAGCUCCCUCUCUCGUGGUGAAAGGGCUCAGCAGUGAGCUGUCUUCUGUAGAGAGGGAAUGGAAUGGAACUUAGCCGUUUUCCUAAGUGAUUAAGUGCAUCACCCUGGGUCUGCUCCUUGGCAGUGGGCUCCAGAAGCUGAUACGUGACUUAUCUGGGCCCAUGACCCAUAUUUCUGGUGCAUCUGAAUGCAAAGUGGUCGGCUUUGUCUUCGUCUGAACCUCAUGUAGUCUCAGCUGAUUUUCUUCCCCAUCUGCUCCCAGGAAGGAAGACUGUUACUGCCUUAGUGGAAAAUGAAGAUAAAAUAAUGCUCGAGAUCUCUCCAAAUAAAAUAUUGCUGUAU